CGGAGGCGCACAUCGAAGGAGUAAAGUUGCGUCCGCUCUUGACUGUGACUCGACAAGGCAUAUCCUCGCCAUGAAGUCCGUGUGCAUUGCUCUCCUACUCCUGGCCCUUGCUGCCGUGGCGUACGCUGGAAUCUUCGGGGGUGGCGGUGGCUUCGGACGAGGCGGCUACGGAGGCUUUGGGGGCGGUGGCUACCGUGGAGGAUACGGCGGAGGAGGAUACGGCGGUGGCUUCCGCGGAGGGUACGGCGGAGGCGGCGGUGGCUACCGCGGAGGAUACGGCGGUGGAGGAUACGGCGGUGGCUUCCGCGGCGGAUACGGCGGCGGAGGAUAUGGAAAGGGAUGGCACGGAUAAACGCCCCGCUUGCAUGGGGCAAGCUCGCAAAGACAUCACCGCGCGUGCGGCUUGUACAUUUUCGUUACAGCAGUUGUUUUUGUUGAAACAAAAAAGUCACAAAACCAUGCAACUACUUGUGAGCUGUCUUUAUUUUUCAUUGACUUCCAUAUGUUAAGU